CAAACCCAACUCCAAAACCUAACCCCACUUGGCCAAUUGCCCUUUAAAAGGUCAAGUUAGCCACUUGCCCUUUAAAAGGUCAAGCAUCUCCAUCUCCAUCUCCAUCUCCCUCUCCUUUAAAUAAAGAAUUGCCUACAAAAAAUCAGAAGAAAAGGCAAUGGAGUUCCCCAUGAAUCAACCUUUUCCAUGGCACUACCUCCUUGCCUCUCCUGCUCAUUUCUCCUAUUCAGUCUCCCCAGAAAACUAUGUUCACUGGGCCCAAACACCUGACUCCCAUGUUUACUCAGCUGACCUCCCUGGUGUGAGGAAAGAGGAGAUAAAGGUAGAAGUUGAGGAUUCAAUAUACCUCAUAAUUAGAACAGAGGCCAUUGAUGAAUCAACUAAGCCUGCCAAGGACUUCAUGAGGAAAUUUCGGCUGCCGGGUCUGGUUGAUAUUGAUGGAAUUUCAGCUGGAUAUGAAGAUGGUGUCUUAAGAGUUACUGUACCGAGAUCUUACACAAGGAGAGGUCUCAUUACAGCCAUGCCUGAGAGACUGGAAGUUACAGCUAGAGCUGCUUGAAUUCAUGAUUUGAUUAGAUGGUUAGACACUGAGAUUUGGGUUUUGAUUAAUUGUUAGAAUUGCUAUUAUUUGAUCGUAUAUUGUUACCAUGGAGUUUAUGGAUAAAGGGUAUUUGC